AUGAGCACGGUGCGCAAAUUCCUCGAGCGCACCCUCCGGGGCACGAAUCUCGAGAUCUUCAAGUUCGGCCUCUACCUCUCCUUCCCCAUAGGAUACAUGUACUACUUCGGCACGAACCUGGAGAACCGAUUCUCGGUGCCCGGGUUCUGGCCCACGCAGGAGCAGAGCCACAGGAUCCCGUACGAGCGCGACGAAAUCAGGGCCGAGAUUGAGCGCCAUCAGAGGGUGUUGAGGGAGAGGCGGACGGAGAGUCAGAGGGCGAAAGAACAAGGGCAAGAGCAGGAGAAACUGACUAACCUAACACAUUAA